AGUGAAGAGACCACCAACACCAAGACAGUGAAAAAAACACUACUUCUCUAUCUAGUUUCUCUCUUCUCUGUGUGUUGGAGUAGUACAAAAGGAAAAGGUCUCUCUUUCUUUGUAUCAAAACAACGGAAACCAGCCAGGAAAAACCCCAUCUUUCUCUCUGUUUCUCACUCUACAUGGCACCAGCUUCAUUGCUCCUCUUUGCCGCCGGCGAUGCUUCCACCGUCGGCGCCCUUGCUUGUCUCUCUUCCUUCCGAACUUGAAUCCUUGCAAAGCUCGCUCUCUUUGUGCUAUUUCUAGGGUUUUCACACACCAAAGUUGUCAUCUUUCUCUCUUGAAUCUUUGCAAGAUGAGGGAUUUCUCGGUUUUUCUUGGUUUCUUGCUCGCAUUGUUGCCAUUCAUGGUGGAAUCUGCCGGCCCAAUUAACGACGAUGUGCUUGGGCUUAUCGUUUUUAAGGCCGAUGUUGUUGAUCCUGGCUCCAAGCUUGGUUCUUGGAACGAGGAUGAUGACGACCCUUGCCCUUGGUUUGGCAUCCUGUGCGAUCCGGUGAGCAAGCGCGUCACCGAAGUGUCCCUUUCUGGCCUCUCCCUCUCCGGCAAGGUCGGCCGUGGCCUUCUCCAGCUUCAAUCCCUUCGGAAGCUCUCCCUUUCCAGCAAUAACUUCUCUGGAACCCUAAAUCCCUCUCUCACCAAGCUUCCCAGCCUCCAGUACAUCGAUCUGAGCAACAAUAGCCUCUCUGGCUCUAUCCCUGAUGAGUUCUUCUCGCAAUGUGGCUCUCUGCGAGCUCUCUCUCUGGCGGGGAAUGCGUUCUCCGGGGUGAUUCCGGCGAGCGUUGGCUCUUGCUCGACGCUUGUGUCUUUGAAUCUUUCGUUUAACAAGCUCUCUGGUUCAUUGCCCGGCGGGCUUUGGUCUCCGAACGAGCUUCGGGCGCUCGAUCUCUCCGGCAAUGAUUUGGUUGGAGAGAUACCAAAGGGAAUGGACCGGCUUUUCAAUCUGAGAAUGAUUAGCUUGAGAGGAAAUAGGCUUUCAGGGCCAUUGCAGGAGGAUAUAGGAAGGUGUUCGUUGCUUAAAUCUAUUGAUUUCAGUGAGAAUUCUCUCUCCGGGAGCCUCCCGGAGACAAUGCGGAGCCUUUCUAUGUGUUCUUCUUUGAGCUUGAGCUCCAAUUUGUUCUCUGGCGAAGUUCCAGAUUGGAUUGGAGAAUUAAAAAGUUUGCAACAUUUGGAUUUGUCCAACAAUGGGUUCUCCGGCAAAUUUCCUGAUUCCAUUGGUAAUUUGUGGCUGUUGAAAGAGGCCAAUUUUUCAGGGAAUUUUUUCUCUGGGAGCUUGCCACAAUCGAUGUCGGGUUGUAGAAGUUUGUCAUCAGUGGAUUUUAGUCGGAAUUCGAUCACUGGUAGUCUUCCUUCAUGGAUUUUUCAACAACAUUUGGAGAAGAUUCUGGUUUCGGGGAACAAAUUGAGUGGGCCUUUGCAAGUUUCUGUGAAUUCUUAUCAGAAUCUGAGUGUGUUGGAUUUAUCUGCAAAUUCUUUUUCUGGUUGGAUUCCGGCAGAGAUAGGAAGCAUUCAAGGGUUGCAGUUCUUGAAUCUUUCUCACAAUUCAUUAGUCGGUUCAAUCCCCAGAAACAUUGGAGGUUUGAAAAUGGUGGAAGUGCUUGAUCUAAGUGCGAAUCAGAUUAACGGAAGCAUUCCCCCGGAGAUCGUUGGAGCUGUUUCACUGAAGGAGCUAUGGCUGAAGAGCAAUUCUCUCACUGGAGGGAUCCCUUCUCAGAUUGGGAAUUGCUCUCACCUCACAUCUUUGAUUUUGUCCCAUAACAAUCUCACAGGGUCAAUACCACCAACAUUAUUGAACCUUACUGAUAUUCAAACCAUAGACUUAUCACUCAAUAAUCUCUCAGGCUCACUUCCAAAGCAGCUUUCUGACCUCCCUCGUCUUUCGUCCUUUAAUAUCUCACACAAUCUUUUCUCUGGAGACCUUCCUGCUGGCAACUUCUUCAACACCAUCCCUCCCUCUUCAGUGUCCGGCAAUCCUGGCCUCUGCGGUGCUGUAGUUAACAUCUCUUGCCCUGGUGUCCUUCCAAAGCCAAUUGUCCUCAAUCCCAAUUCCUCGUCUUCCAAUGCCUCACCGGACUCUGCAUUGUCCCCUGAGAACCUCGCGCACAAGAAAAUCAUCCUAAGCAUCUCUGCACUCAUUGCUAUAGGAGCUGCUGCGCUGAUUGCGCUCGGUGUUAUCACCAUUACUGUCCUUAACCUUCGAGUUCGAUCUACUUCUGCAUCGCGCUCUGCUGCUGCUCUUACUCUUUCUGAUGGCUACUACAGCCAGUCACCCAGCACUGAUGCCAAUUCUGGGAAGCUUGUCAUGUUCUCCGGUGAGGAUCCUGACUUCAGUUCUGGAGCUCAUGCGAUCCUCAACAAAGAUUGUGAGCUGGGGCGAGGUGGAUUUGGUGCCGUCUAUAAAACCAUGCUUCGUGAUGGUAGGCCUGUGGCAAUCAAGAAACUCACCGUCUCGAGCCUUGUAAAAUCUCAAGAAGAUUUCGAGCGGGAGGUUAAGAAACUUGGGAAGAUGAGGCACGAUAAUCUUGUCACUCUUGAAGGCUAUUACUGGACUCCAUCUCUGCAGCUGCUGAUUUAUGAAUAUGUGUCUGGUGGCAGUUUAUACAAACACCUCCAUGAAACUUCCCCAAUGAACCCUCUUUCAUGGCAAGAAAGGUUUGAUAUAAUUCUUGGCAUUGCAAGGAGUCUUGCGUACCUUCAUCGCCACAAUGUCAUCCAUUACAAUCUAAAAUCAAGCAAUGUCCUGCUUGAUGGCACAGGGGAAGCGAAGGUUGCAGAUUAUGGAUUAGCGAAGCUGUUACCAAUGCUCGAUCGAUAUGUCUUGAGCAGCAAAAUUCAAAGCGCACUCGGUUACAUGGCACCGGAAUUUGCUUGCAAAACAGUGAAGAUCACAGAGAAGUGUGAUGUGUUUGGUUUUGGAGUGCUUGUGCUGGAAAUUGUGACAGGGAAGAGGCCGGUGGAGUACAUGGAGGAUGAUGUGGUGGUGCUAUGUGAUGUUGUGAGAGGUGCAUUAGAGGGAGGCUGUGUCGAGGAAUGCGUUGAUGGGAGGCUUCACGGGAAAUUCCCGCCAGAAGAAGCCGUCCCAGUGAUAAAACUCGGUCUAAUCUGUACUUCUCAAGUGCCAUCAAGCCGGCCCGACAUGAGCGAAGUUGUGAACAUACUUGAGCUAAUCAGAUGCCCUCAGGAAACUCUAGACAGUCCCGGAGACGACGAACUAAAUCAAAUUUAGACAAUAGAAGAGAAGAAGAAACAAGAGAUCGAGAAAGUAGAGAGAUUGUUCCAAUGUUUUCUUUAGUUCAAUGUUUGUUUGUUCAAUGGAGUAAAACUCAAAUUUCUGAUUAAACUUCAGAAUCUGAAAAUUGGAGUUUUUACUUCAUUGACUUUAAUUCUGAUCAAAUGAAGAGAGUGUCUGUCCUUUCA